CUCGUACUCCCCUACUGAUUGACUUGCCCAGCUUCCUUCGCACGUCGCAUGCAAUCCACAGGCGUCUGAGCGGUCCACCUUUCUCUCGUCCUUCUGUCAUCGCCACCAUGUUCGUACUGAGCACAGUGCAGGACACACUCUUCAUCCCCGCCUCAUCCUUUAACCCCACUGCCACCUCCACCCAGCCUCCUACCUCUGCCCAAUCCCUCUCCCUCGCCCUCAAUACAAAGUACGCCAACAAGGUCAUUCCCGAUGUAGGGCUCUGUGUGUGUCUAUUUGACAUUCAAGAGGCUAGCGAAGGAAAGGUGAAAUGGGGCGACGGAGGACUGUGGCAUAAGCUCAAGGCAAGACUAGUCGUCUUUCGGCCAUUCGUGGGAGAGGUGCUAGUGGGCAAGGUGAAGAGCUCGGAUGAGAGCGGCAUCAAAGUCUCCGUAGGCUUCUUUGAUGAUAUCCACAUUCCCAAGCACCUCAUGCCAGAGCCAAGCGCAUUCGACCACUCCGAGCGAGCCUGGUUCUGGCUCUUCCCCUCCGACGACGAAGAUGGCAACCAGCGGGAUCGAGACGACCCCCUCGGCGCCCCACACGAGCAGCGCAUGUACCUAGACAAGGACGAGUCUAUCCGUUUCAUGGUUGAAGAUGACGCCUUUGAUGAAGGUUUGCCCAUUCCCGGAUUGGCUGCUACGGGUGGACCUGCAGGUGGGGGAGGGACAGGGAUUGGAACGGGUGUGACAGUGGAGGUUAUGGAGGCGGCAAAGGCGAAGAGAAAGGCGCCGUUUAGGAUCACGGCCUCAAUAGCGAAUCAGGGACUGGGAAUCGUAAGAUGGUGGGCCGACGCUCCCGUGGAAGAGCUGGAGGAACAGGGAUACGCAAUGGACGAAUAGAAGAUAUGGAGCGCGGAGUUUGGUGAGAGGUCUCACAGCCGAAUCAUGUUGUAAUUGUACCCAAUACAUUCCCAUCAC